AUGGCCUGGAAAGACCCUAUGUGGGAAGCCCUAGCCAAAGAGAUGAACCUCACAGAGUGCACGGCGGUUUACGGGCCGGUCUUUACGGUUGCUGAGCGCAAUGACCUCACCAAAUCCAGCACAAUGGUCUAUCUCGAAGAGCCUAAUAAAUUGCAGCUCCAGGGCGUACUCCGGACCCCGUUUGACUCUCAUAACCCCUUUCCUGCUCCUGUGGUUGUUUCUCGUCAAAUCUUCAAAACCAAAGACAGAAGUUGUCUGCACAUGGAGUUCGACCUAACAGGCUCGUGCCUGUGUUACCACACCGGCGACCAUGUCUCCAUUAUGCCAGUGAACUCAGGCAUCGAAGUUGACCGAUUCCUCAGGGUUUUCGGGUUGGAGUCCAAGUGUGACACAGUCAUUGAUGUGAAAGCGAUCGAGCGGACUGUCAGAGUGGCAUUCCCUGUUCCAACCACGUAUGACACGAUCGUAAGAUACAGACUGGAAAUCGGCGCCCCGGUCUCACGACAAUUCAUUCAGCAGCUCUCCAGUUACGCCCCUACGUCGGAUACUAAAGCAGAAAUGGAAAAGCUGGGAGCCGAUAAGGACUACUCUCACAACCAGCUCACCGAGCGGCAGUUGAAUAUCCCUCAGGCGCUCGAACUGGUGGCCAAGGGCGCACCAUGGGAGAAAGUGCCAUUCAGCAUGUUAUUGGAAAGCCUUUUGGCCUUGAAACUACGCAUAUACUCAAUAUCAUCGUCAUCGCUGGCAAUGAAAGACCGACUGACCAUCACGACAAAAGUGGAGACGCACCCUAUUGCAUCCACCAACCUUUUCUUCAAGGGCGUGGCAACCAACUAUCUUCUUGCCCUCGAACAGAAGCAGAACAAUGUCUCUGAUCAAGACCCCUACGCUGGCACUUAUACCGUUCAUUCACCUCGCAAGCACUACGACGGUCUUCGCGCUUCUUUGUAUAUCCGUCCCUCUACUUUCCGCCUACCGAACAGCAGCACAACUCCAAUUAUCAUGGUCGGUCCAGGCACCGGCGUCGCUCCGUUCAGAGCAUUUGUUCAGGAGCGGGCAGAACAAAAGAAGUCAGGGCACGCAAUCGGACUGACAAUGCUUUUCUUCGGUUGUCGCAAUCAAAAGGAGGAUUUCAUUUACGAGGAGGAGUGGGCGUCUGCCGGCAAGAAGGUAUAUGUCCAAGAUAAAAUACGUCUGUUUGGAGCAGAGAUCAGUUCCCUCCUCACCGAAGAUGCUCACCUGUAUGUCUGUGGCGAUGCUUCGAUGGCGAAGAAUGUUAGUGGCCUCCUGCAACACAUACUUUCCGAGCAGAGGGCUGUGUCUCUCGCCGAGGCGGCUGCCAUCAUCAAACAGAUGAGAGCUGCGAACCCAUACCAAGAGGAUGCAUGGUCAUGA